CGCGGUAGUAAUCGUGCGACUUUUUUGUAUUAAGUGUUGAUAAAACAUUACCACCGUGACGACAAAGUGCAUUUUAAUAUAUGUUUUUAUCGAAUUAAUUGUAAGGGGGCGUAGCUACAGUUGUGUGAGGUUAUUUGUGUAUUGCGGUUAUUAAUACAGAUUUCAACAGGUGCAAUUGCAAUACAGCCUUGAGUCUUCAAGAAUAAGUUAUUUUGAAAUAGCCUUUUGUUGACAAUUGACAUAGAUUGAAGACGGUUUUGCUUAGACACGGUUAACUUAACGAAAACAUGCAUUUGCUUUUAAGAAAUUACAGACUCAGUUCUGAUAGAAAGUAAAAAUCCUUAAGAAGAUAGAUCCUUUUAUGUUUACUCUUGAUGGUAGAAGUUCUGUUUUGGUUAAUCUUUGACGCAAUUUAAAUCAUUAGAUAUUCGUUGCGCACCAUUUGACCACCUUUAAGGUGUGCAUUUCCGUUGGUCCUCACUAAGAAUGGUCAUCGACAAUUUAGUCGCUGUAGAUAAUAGCAGUGAAUCUUAUCUGAGUACGUGUUCACCAACUUGAUUUCCAUAGAAUGAUAUCAAUUAUCGGAGUCGUGUCGAACGCACAAAUACAUUUACUCAGGAAGUUUGUUAUGUCAAUUUUUGAACUUCGAAUCGUAUUUCCACCUUCUCGGAAGCUCGCGUGAUCUUUUGAUUUCAUCUGAUACACUUGAAUGCGUUCGUGGAAUCCAUAAUGUACGCACCGUAAAUCGUGCCGCACGGAUUCUCUCUACUCGAUUACGUUUUGAUUACUCUUUUGUCCCGAAUCGAAGGGGCGGUCAUUAGUCAGAAGAAGUCCGGAAUUUGCCGUGACCUACUCCAAGAGGCUUGAGGCAAUUCCAUAACGUAUGGUGUGUGUUUGGUCAAUAGCGCGCGAAGGCCAAGGCUUUUUCGCGCCAUUGACCUGGCACAGACACUUCUUACAUUUAAUAGUUAUCUAACACGAUUAAAUAUAGCUAUUCAAACUCUUAACUGGCAGUUAGUGCAAAACAAUGCGUCAUUUCCCAGAUUUUUUUCAUUAAAAGUGCGAGAAACUGAUGCAAAGAUUAACGUUUUGUGACAAUGUGCUUACGUAAUGGAGGAUGAGCAACCUGUGCCGCCUCCGAGACGCAAAAAGCGCACGCAGAUAGCUUCUACCAAUGACAAGCAAAAGAGAACUGUCAGUUGGGGACCUGAAACAUGGGUUGGUGUGAGAGCGCUGCGGGCCAGUUCCGGAGGUAUACUAGACCCAGAUGACCGGGUGUGUGACGUGGCCGAUGACCGUGAAACCCUCACUGCAGAGUGCACAAACCAAGCACCACAGCCUCGAGCAGCACAAGCAGAUGGCGCCAGUGGAUCUUCAGCUGGCACCGCCUCCCCUGACAUGUUUCGGGGGGGAGGUGGUGUCGGCGGCAGCAUGCGGGUUCCGAACACAGAUUCUUGUGUGGAAGUCGGCGCUGCUGACUUAGAAGAUGGCGCCAAUGGCCUGCAGGUGCGACGAGGCAGCGAACCCACCUUACACCAGGAUACUCUUCCUCCACAGAGACAGGAUACCGACCAAACGAAACGCUGGUCAGCGGCAGUAGUGUGUCGUGAUGACCACCGACCAGAACCCCCUCAUCCCGACAAACAUUCGCAUUUCCAGAGACAGACCAACAGAUUGUCCAUGCAGUUUUCUGGGCCAGGGAGUGGCGUAUGGAUGGAGGCGGCUGAACGAGUACAGAUCUAUGGCAGUAAGAGUUUGCCAAGAGAUGCGAGACGCGAUCCGUUAGGGCAGGACACCGCUAACGAACAACAAAACAAUAGGGUAGAAGAUAUGCUGCGAUGGGUGACCGGUGUAAAUAACGUAGUCAAUGUGAAUCAUGUGCAAGAAAGACCCUUGGAUUUACUACCUGAAGUGCGACCCAGUGAACGAGCAAUAUCAGGAAUGGACGUGCCCGUCAGUCCCAGUAAGCCCAGUACAGCGCAGGGCGUUAAUGUGUCGCUUGUGAAGGGAGAAAAGGGUCUGGGAUUCACCAUAACCACGAGAGAUAACCCCACGGGGGGACACUGUCCCAUAUACAUUAAGAAUAUAUUGCCCAAGGGUGCAGCAGUAACUGACGGCAGACUUCGAGCUGGUGACAAGCUGGUGUCAGUGAACGGUGUCAGCGUGGCAGGUCUGACGCAGCAGCAGGUCGUCGCACUGUUGAGGAAUACUCCUACAGAUUCCACUGUUGAUAUACGAAUCGAGAGGCCGGCUGGGAGGACUCAGUGGGUAGAGCCUCAACAGAGUCCGACAAAAUACAUAGAAAAGGCCAUUGGCGCCCCACCGAAAUCAGCAGACACAGAAAAAGCCGUAGAAAACGGUAGAGUCUCCAGUAUAGUGAACGCCAUAAACAAUAAUUCUAACUCUGUCCGAGGAAGAAUUUCUAAGAGUUCGUCUAAAGAUGAUCUGAAAGACCAGUCAUUGGACUCGGCGUUGCAGGAUGCGCUUAACUCGUCAACUGGUUCAGUAACAAACCUUAGAAAUCGUCUCAUACUCCGCUUAGAAGUGCCAGUACACGAAUCGGAGAAAGCCGGACUCGGUAUCAGUGUGAAGGGGAAAGUGACUGCGACGCCGAAGCCCCACGAUUUGGGGAUUUUCAUCAAAUCUGUGUUACACGGAGGAGCCGCUUCCCGAGAUGGCAGAUUACACACAAACGACCAGCUCCUAAGCGUGAACGGCGUGUCUCUGGUGGGUCAAUCCAACGCCGAAGCCAUGGAGACCCUUCGACGAGCCCUCCUUCAUUCCAGGCCCAACCUGCACGGCACCAUUUCCUUGACCAUCGCCAGGCGGACGGACAGCAUGGACAGCCUGGCACGGUGGAAAGACGACACGCCCCCAAACGGAAACGACACCACCAGCUCCAACGACAACUCCAACUUCAACACCGUCAUUUACAACGACAACAAACAGACGGACGCCAACUACGACAAGAAACACACGUCAGUCGUCACGAUCAAUAACAAUAGCUGGAUUUCCAACCAAUCAGACGACAGCAAGGGAUAUCUGGAGAGGGAAGAUGCGAUUCCCCACGAUAGUAAGAGAGACAGCUUCGAGUGGAGCCGUUUGGACGGUUGGAAUCCAGUGAUAGACAGACUGACGGGACUGAGGAACGAGAGUUAUUAUAUGGCGACGCAAGAGGUGCCGAAUGGCAAUCUGAGGAGUAUGGGGCACGUGCACAUGUCUAGAUCGCCGCCUGCGCAUCAUAAUGUUAUUAUUGAGGAGGAUUAUGGCACUAGGGGGAGCGUCGGGGGCGAGUCGGGCAGCGAGUGCGGAGUCAACGCGAAUGGCUUCAGCCGAGAUGCGAUCGGGAGGCGCUCCAUGUCCGAGAAGAGACACGCCGCACUCGACGCCAAGACCACGGGGACCUACAAGAAGAUCAAGGAAAUUAAGGCGAGCGCGGCACCAGUGGGUCCCUCCUUGGGCAUGCGCAAGUCAUCGAGUCUGGAGUCGCUGCAAACCGCCAUACAAGAGACGAAGCGAAACCCGCGGCACGAGCCUAUAUACGCCCGGGCACAUCCACCUCUGAAACACUGGUUGACCGACGACAACAAUGCCCCAGAGAUCAUCCGGGGCUCACCUCAACAAUCAUCUCUGUCCCACAAGAAACCAUCGCUGCUCAAAUCAAUAUCUACGAUGUUCAGAAUCGGCAAACCUCACAAGAAAGAAGAUGUCUACGGGAGAUCGACGCCCGCGCGUUCUUCGGAGAAGUCGCUCGCACGAGACGCGAUGGAGAGACACCGAGAUGAGAGAAUUGAGGACAUACACACGCGCAGAGAAGAGCUCCGAAGCAGACAAAACAGUGAGCGAAGUACGCGCUCCGAUCGGCGAAAUGGGCCCGCCAUACAGGCAAUGGAGAGCGCGUGGGGACCUACAGGCCAUUAUGUUAAUUACGAAGAAAUCCAACAAAACCUAAAUGCGCGGCGAGAGAAACUAAGCGAAGUACAAAUCGGUCAAAUGCGGCGGCAAGUUCACGCGCAGCGAGCGAAAGCCGAGGAAGAAAGCAGCAGUCGCCGCGGAAUGUCCAGUGUUAGCCACUCCCAACGCUCAUGCAGGGAUCGGGAGAUACCACGUCCACACUCCAACUACUACGAGUAUGAAGCUGCUCCGCCGAGAAGAUCUGGAAAGCUGUCACAUUAUCAUUAGCUUGGUAGACUAACCCUUGCAUAGUCAAUAUAUUUUUAGAACUUAUGUUUUAUAGGAUCUUACGUGAAAUAAGGUUUUAAAGAAGUUGAAGAAGAGUCUUAAGAAAAGAUUUAGAUUCGAGACUUAGCGCGAACUAUGUCUACCGUACGUUUCGUUCUUGUCUGAUAUACGGCAGUCACACUUAGCCCCAAGUAUCGACUCUGAAUCAUAAAAGAAGAAGCCUGAAUAAGUGUUUUAGAAAUAUCUCUAGUGAUGAAGUACUUAUCAUAGGUGAUUUAUGUCUAAGCUAAAAUGUGCGUCAUCUAAGUUUCAAAGAAACAUGACGCCUUUUUACACGUCAACAAUUGCAAUUAGAUGUUUAAAUGUUUUUGAAAUUAAUUUCCUGGUUUAAUAUCUUAAUCGGUUCAAAUAAGAUGCAUUGAUUGUUUGAACGAAAAAAAUGUCUUACCGAAUGGGCAGAAGAGACAAUGAAACGUGUAACCAAACUAAGGUCUUCUUUCCCCUCUAAUUGUCAUUAGAGUUUAAUAAUUUAUGUGCCUUUAUAUACCACGAUAUAUUUUGUUCAACUUUAAAAAAUUUCGUAUAAAUAUGUUAAAAACUUGUAAACGUUGACGUCAAACUAAUAAAAAAUACCUUUUUGUUUUGUCAUUUGUAUAAUUUUGUCAUAUUUGAAGAUUUGCACCUAUAUUAUUUUAUUUAUAAAAACUAAAUUGGUCUUGAUAACUAAGAUUCAUUGAAACGUGGACUAAAACUAGUACUGUGUUUGUUGCUAUGGUGACGAUGAUUCCAUGAGAAUCGUUAGUAACUAUUUUUAGUCUACGUUUUAUGGCUGAUUGUCUUUACGCGAAUGGGAAGUUUAAACACUAUUCAACCAAGUCAAUACUGAUUUGGUUUUUAUGAGGUAAUAUUGUUACUAUCCUAGGGAUAGUUCCUUCAUGUAGCUCUAUGGUUAAUGGAUUUUGAUAUGGAAAUUUUGAUCGGCGCCUCCAUUGUACUUAAGAAAAAAAUCUGUCAUUCCAAAAAUCUGUCCAUAUCGAGUAUUCGAUAGUAAAUAUCACGUAAACGCUGCGGUACCUAAACUUCCUUAUAGUUGGCCUAAUAUUCGUUGAAUACUUAAAGUAGUAAAAUAUUAAAAUCUUUCACGUAUAACACAUGUGAAAGACUUAGGGACUUGGAUUACUUAGUUAACUACACGAAUACUAUUCAGGCGCUGAUAAAACCAUACAAAAUUCCUUGUUACAAUUCUACACUGAUUUACGUAUACUAAAGGUGUUGUCAUAUAGGAAGUGAAACUAGGACUUAGCCCUAAGUAUGACUUCAUAGAGCUAUGUCUCGGACUUUAUUAAGUAUACCGUAAUAUAAAAAUAGUUUUUGUAAGUUUUAGUUUUGUUUUCGAACGCAUUGUUGUACAUAUCAAAAUUAUAAUUUAAGUUGAAGCGUUAAAUUCGUUGAUUAAGCAUAUGUAACAUACAUUCCUACUUAUAUUAAGACAUAAAUCAAAGAAGCUUUAAAGUGUAGGAUAUUUUUUAUAAUAGGUGUUAAUUCCGACUGAUUAUGUAGGAAAUUCGUUUGACAUUGUAUUUUCAGUUUUUUCAUUUGACCUCAUCCGCCAUUGUUACAUAAUUAUCGUAUUCCGUCGACAAUUUGUGAUAUUAUUAAGUUAAGCGUCUAGUCCUACUUAUUUACAUCAGCCGUACUCAGAGUUGUCCGUUUAUUAUUUAGUAUAAUUUUUUUAUUUAAAGUCCGAAUUGUGUCGCAAUAUUUACGGAUGUAUGGAACGAUAAUUUGAUUUUUACUUACAGUUUGGAUCUAUUUCAUUACUUAAGUAACGUUUAGUAAGUUAAGCAACAACUCUGAGAACGCCUGUUAGAAUUAGAUUAAAAGACGUUUAUGUGCGAUUUAAGUCUUUCAAUAAUGAAAUUCUGUUAGGAAGUUAGUUUGCUUGAUUCCAUAAAUUUUAAGUUUAAAGCACACGUUAUAUUUCGCUAUACAGCGUGUUCCUCAAAUAAGUAAUUAAGUAGGACAUAUGAAAUCUUAAUACACUCUGUAUUCACGUAACAUAUCUAUUGUAAAUAAAUGUUAAAAUAUCGACAUAUGAACAAUUAGUAUAGAAUUAUUGCAUUUUUUUGCAAAUUUAUGUAUAUAAAUCAUGAUUUUGUAACAUACAAUGUAUUUGUAUGCCUUUAGGCGAUCGGCCAUGUACCUAAAAUCAAAUAAAUGAUAUACAGUGAUAAA